AUGUCCAAGCGUCUCUGGUACACAUCCCCAGCGCUGGCAUGGCUGGAAGCUUUGCCAGUGGGCAAUGGAAAGCUCGGGGCCAUGAUAUAUGGCGGUUUGCGCAAGGAGCGCAUUCAGCUUAAUGAAGACACAUUCUGGAGUGGAGGUUCAUAUGACGCCGACAAUGAAAACAGUCUCAAGUAUCGCUCCGAGGUCCAGAAUAUGGUAUUUUCAGGACGCUUGAAAGAGGCCGAUCAGAUGUCUAGGCGUCAUCUGCUUGGCACUCCGGACCGCCAAUGCUCAUAUCAGCCCCUCGGCGACCUAUGGAUUGAAAUGAAUGGGUCGAGCGAGUUUGGAAUCUCUGACUAUCACAGAGAUUUGGACAUUGACACUGCGGAGGCGACUGUCAGAUACAAAACUUAUGGCAUGCAGCAUAAUCGACGUAUCAUCUGCAGCCCAACCCGCUCCGUUCUGGCCAUUCAGCUCACUGCGGAUGAGCCGAUCGAUUGCAGCAUCUACGCGUCAAGUCCCCAACCUCAAUCAAAUAUUCGAGUCUGGGAUAGCACCGUCUGCCUGUCUGGUACCAAUGGACCGGAGAAUGGAAUCGAGGGUCGACUACGUUUCGAGGUAAGGCUCAAUGUCCAGGUGGAGGGAGGAGUAUUGCAGCCGUGCAAGGAUCACCUCCGGAUCCGAGGCGCCACACAGGUGGUCAUCCUGUGCGCAGCGGCUACAAAUUAUCAAUCUUAUAAUCAACUUGCCGGGGAUCCUCGUCAGCUUACUAGCUCGUGGAUCGACGAUGCACUGCGACUUUCCUUCGAUCAGCUGGCCGCGGAAGCGACGACUGCCCACCAGAAUCUUUUUCGACGUGUCCACGUUGAGCUGCCGGAAACUUCAAACUCAAUGCUUCCGACCAAUGUGCGUCUCGAUAAGUUUCGGACUGGCGCAGAUGAUCCGGCCCUGCUGGCGCUCAAUUUCCAGUAUGGGCGAUACCUCUUGAUUUGCUCUUCUCGGCCUGGAUCUCAGGCGGCGAAUCUGCAAGGAGUCUGGAACGAUAGUAUCGAUCCACCCUGGGGGUCAAAGUUCACGAUCAAUAUCAAUACUGAGAUGAACUACUGGUCUUCUGGUCCAGCAAACAUGUCCGAGGUCAUCGAACCACUUUUGCGGCUCGUGAAAGAUUUGGCAUUGACGGGCAAGGAGACUGCGCGUGUCAUGUACAACGCUCGAGGUUGGGUGGCACAUCACAACACUGAUCUGUGGAGAGCUACUGCCCCGAUAAAUCUUCCAAGGUACGGUCUCUGGCCAAUGGGAGGGGUGUGGCUUCUACAAAAUCUUUGGGAUCACUACGAAUUCACUUUGGAUCCUUCGUUUUUGGAGGAGCUGUAUCCUCUCAUGGCGGACGCGUGCUUGUUCUUCAUUGACACGUUGGUGAAGGAUCCCAAUACAGGCUUCCUGGUAACUUGUCCAAGCAUGUCUCCGGAGAAUGUGCACGGUGUGGACGGGGAUGAUGUUGCAAUAUGCGCUGGACCCACCAUGGACAUGCAGCUGCUGAGGGAUUUAUUCACACGCACGUCAAAGGCAGCGAGCAUGCUCGGUCGGGAUGAAUCCUUGCGGAAGACCGUGGUCACCCUGUGCGGGCAGCUCAGGCCAACCGAGAUAGGAUCAGACGGUUCUAUCAAAGAGUGGCAGGAUGACUGGAGUGCGCCAGAGACACAUCACCGUCACAUUUCUCAUCUAUAUGGGCUUUACCCUUCCUUCCAAAUCUCCGUGGACAAAACACCUGAGCUCGCUCGGGCGGCGGCCAGAACGCUCGAGAUCCGCAAGGUUGGCGGCACUGGCUGGUCGACAGCGUGGCAUAUCAACUGUUGGGCCCGACUACAUGACGCAGAAAAAGCGUACGAAGCAUUGGAGCGGAUCUUGCAGAGCGACUUGAGUUAUCCAAACCUCUUCAGCGCCCAUCCACCUCUCAGCAAAGAGAUGACGGGCGUGUUUCAAAUUGAUGGAAAUUUGGGCAGCUGCGCUGGUUUUGCAGAAAUGUUGGUUCAAGGCAACUCUGAGGGUGACGUCUGGUUGCUUCCUGCGUUGCCAAAACAGUGGCCCCGGGGACGCUGUUCGGGUCUGUGCGUCCGAGGCGGCGUGACAGUGAGCCUGAUGUGGGGCGAAGGGAGGCUCAUCUCUGCCCAAAUCGCCGCGGCGAGAGAGACAGGUUGUACAGUACAUUAUGCGGGGCUGACACAGUUCAUCGGGCUCAGAGAGGGUCAGGUCGUGGAGCUGGACUCGAAUCUCCACGUAUGA